AUGGUGUCUUCGCUUCUUAUGUCGUUUGCUCCGGCCACCGUAAGGGUUUACGCCACAACCGCAAAGGGAGCUUCAGGCGGUGCCAAGGAGGAGAAGAAUCCCCUCGACUUUGUGCUGGGUUAUUUGACAAAGCAAGAUCAGUUCUACGAGACUGAUCCAAUUCUCAAGAAGGUGGAGGAGAAAGAAGGCACCAGAGGCAGCGGCACCAAAAGCGGCGGCACCAAAAGCGGCGGAACCAAAAGCAGCGGCACCACCGGCAGCCGAGGAACUGUUCGCGGCGGCGGUAAAAACUCAGCUCCGGUUCCUGUACCGCCGAAGAAGAACGAUGGUGGAUUUGGCGGUUUAGGUGGCCUCUUCAACAAAAAGUAA